AUGACUUCAAAAAACAUUGUCAUUCUCGGCGCCUCCUUCGCGGGUCUCCCCAUGGCCCACUACCUCAUCAAGCACCUCCCCGAAGAAUACACUGUCACGCUCGUCUCUCCAUCCACCCAUCUAUUCUGGAACGUUGCCGCUCCUCGUGCCAUUGUUGACCCUGAACUCCUCGGCAAGGGCAAGGACGAUCUUUUCAUCCCUAUCCUCCCCUCAUUUGAAAAAUACCCCAGCGGACGCUUCACCUUCAUUCAAGGAAAGGCCGUGUCCACAAGCCCAGAAACAAACACAGUCACCGUCCAAACCGUCAACGACAAUGACACGUCUCUGGACGUGAGGCAGGUGAACGUUGAGUACCUACACCUCAUCGUCGCUACUGGUUCCUCCACCGCAGGUGGAGAUUGGGCUUUCAAAGCCGCCGGCAAGGGAACACAUGUCGCCACCAGGGCUGCCCUCGCAAGUACAAGAGAAAGGAUUGCUGCAGCAAACCGUAUCGUGAUUUCUGGUGCCGGUGCAACGGGUUGUGAGCUCACUGGAGAAAUCGCGUCAAAAUACCACAAAUCUGGAAAACAUAUUACCCUUCUCUCUUCCGCGGCCGGACUUCUCCCAGUGGCUCCCCCAGGUGUUGGAAAGACUGCGGAAGGCCAUCUUACAAAGAUGGGGGUUGAGGUUCGAAAUAACGUCAAGGUUACCUCCGAAACCAAAAAGGGCGAUGUCACCGAAUUGGUCCUGUCAACUGGAGAGACCAUCGAGACUGAUCUCCACAUUGCCACAUGGGGUCUCGUGCCCAACACUUCCUUCAUGCCUAAAGACCUCCUUGAUGCGUCUGGCUGGAUUGUUACCGACAAGUACCUCAAGACCCCUACCCACUCCAACAUUUGGGCUCUCGGCGAUGUCACCCACUGGGGUAACCGUGGCAUCGGUCCUAUCAAAGGUCAUCAUUCGUCUGUCUCUACCAAUGUCCUAGCAACCAUUGCCGGUAAGGAUGAAUCGUCCUUCAAGGAGUACAAGCACAGUGACGACCUCAUCUUGAUUGUCCCUCUAGGCCCAUGGUUCGGAAGGGCUACAGGUAUACUGUUUGGCUGGAAGGUGUGGGGUGUAAUUGCGUGGGCGUUGAAGGGGAGGACGUAUAUGAUUGACUUUGCUAGGCCAAUCGCCGAGGGCAAGAAUACCGCUGGGAGGACUAAGAUUUAA